UUUUGCGGUGCCGAACAGCCAUGUUGAGUAGGGAACUAACAAAGCUAAAGGAAGGAGUGAGAACAUCGGUUCGGCGUUUUUUAACAUCCUAACACCACCAGGACCUCAUGGCAGACCCCGAAAAGCAGCCAGAACAACCUAAGGCUGUGACGAAGCCCGUCCUAGCCCAAAAAGUGACCGGGGUAGUAAAAUGGUUCAACGUCAAAAGUGGAUACGGUUUCAUCAACCGGAGCGACACGAAGGAGGACGUGUUCGUGCACCAGUCGGCCAUCAUCAAGAACAACCCGAAGAAGGUGGUGCGCAGCGUGGGUGAUGGGGAGACGGUGGAGUUUGACGUGGUGGCGGGGGAAAAGGGCAACGAGGCGGCCAACGUGACGGGGCCGGACGGCGAGGCGGUCAAGGGAUCGCCCUACGCUGCCGAUAAGCGUCGCUUCUGGCGCGGCGGCAACAACUAUCGCCGCGGCGGCCCCCCAGGUGGGCGGGGCGGAGGCGGUCGGUCCCGCGAACGCUAUGAAAGCAAGGGCGAAGGCGGUGCGGGUGACGGGGGCGAAGGGUCUAGCGGCGAGGGUGGCGGCGGUGGUCCACCCCAGCGUCGCUUCCGGCGGCCGAGGUACAGCGGAGGCGGUGGAGGUGGCGGCGGCGGAUACAGCUACAACCGCGUGCGCCGUAAUACCAACAUGGAAGACGGUGACAAGGAAGGCGGCGACUACGCCGGGGACAGCGAGGGCGGCGGCGGGGGCGGUCGCAGGGGCGGAGGCCGUGGAGGCGGCGCACCACGCCGCUAUUACCGGCGCCAGUUCAGAGGCGGCCGCGGAGGCGGUCCUGGAGGCCGUAGACCACGCUCGCAGGACGGGGAACGCGUGAGCGAGGGCGAGGGGCAGGGAGGCGGCAAUGGGGGCGGCAGGCCUCCGAGGCAGCAGCGGUAUCGCAGGAAGGUGCAGCGUGCUCCCAAUGCCGACCGCUCGCGUAACAGCCAGAGCGAAGGCGGCGAUUCAAAACCAAAGCAGUCAACAGACAGUACUAGUGAGCCUGUAGUCUCCUCACCGCCCCAAGAGGGGCAGGCAGUGCAGAACACCACUUCUGAGAGCACAGCUUAGUGCAGCCGCCUCAGUGCACGAUGCCUCGGACCACUUACACAACGGACGCUACAUCCAACUUCUUUAUCUUUUUUGUUUUCUUUUUUUUUAAUCUAUUUUCGUCCCCAAAUAGUGCAUGUCAACGGGAAACAUCCCAAACAAAGGAGAAAAUGAAAUUGUUAUUUUGUAUUAAUUUGCUGUUUGUGUUUGAUGUGAUCGUUUCUCCAACCACCUGCCAUUUUUAAACAAAUUAUAUUGAGACAGACAACUCGAAACCUGGUUAGAGAAGAGUCUGCAGUUUAUUUUUGGUUUUCAUUGAAAAAAUUUCAGUUGAUUUAUUUUUUAUUUAUUCAAUAACUGUUAUUGUACUAUUUGUUUAUUACAAAUUUACAAGUUUUUAUUGAUGUUAACGGUUUGAUUUGUGUAUUUUUAUUUGACAUAAUUUUGUGAUCCGUCUAGACGACCAGGUUUUAGUGUAUUGUAGUUGUCUUUGAUUUAAUAAUCAGGCAUCUGUGGUUUUAACUUUGAAACAAACGUUUGGUGUGCACUUUGAUGGUAAGGUAAAAUUAUGUUUGUGCAAGAGCGAGCCUAACUUCUCUUGCUGGCUUAAUGUUUGUCAUCACAGGGUUCGUGUGAAAAUUUGCUUUCCUUAAAUCUAUCAGCAUUAAAUAACAUGUAAUUGACUGUUUGAUCCAUCCGAACAGACAGAUAAGAUAAUGAAGGUUGUAAACAACGCUUGUAACGAUGGAAUGCAAUGCACGUGUUUGUGACUCGGUCCAGGUAACAUUCAAUUGUAACAACAGAGCUAAGCUCUCGUUUAUUUAAUAUCCAAACAAGCUUUAAUAAAAAGUAACGUAAAUACUCAAAUCGAAAUCAGUGAGGUAUCAAAUACUGCCACUUGAUAUUAUUUAUUAGUAAAUGAAGAAUUAUUAUUUAUUAAUAAUAAUUGAUUAUCAUCACACCAAAGUUAUGGUAAAUUAUUAUUGAUGAAUAGACGAUUAAAGAAAUGCAUCCUGAACUAUGAGAAAACCUGAAAGGUUCAGCAGUGCUCAGGCUGUCAACAAAAGCCUGGCUAACAAUAAUUUCUGUGAAAUUGUUGAGAAAAACUAAGAAAAAUUAUUGUCAUCCAAAAUAUAAAUAGUAUAUUUAUGAAAGCGGAUUGUGUACAUCUGCCCCCGCAUAAAUCGAACAAUUAUUACAAAUUGUACAAAUUAACUGAAAUGAUGGAACUGAAUACCAACAUAAUAAUUUUACACGAAACAUUUGCAUUUUCAAAUAAACAAGCCAAAAAAAAUUGAAA